UUAUAAAGCCAGGGGCGCUGGGGAGGCGCCUGUCCCCGUCGGGAACCUGCCACAGCCCCCACCGGCACCAUGUCCACCCACCACCGCCUGGUGAUGGUUCGGCACGGUGAGAGCACCUGGAACCAGGAGAACCGCUUCUGCGGCUGGUUUGACGCGGAGCUGAGCGAGAAGGGGGCCGAGGAGGCCAAGAGGGGCGCGCACGCCAUCAAGGAUGCGAAGAUGGAAUUCGACAUCUGCUACACGUCGGUGCUCAAGCGGGCCAUCCGUACCCUCUGGACCAUCCUGGACGGGACGGACCAGAUGUGGCUGCCCGUGGUGCGCACCUGGCGCCUCAACGAGCGGCACUACGGGGGCCUCACCGGCCUCAACAAGGCGGAGACGGCGGCCAAGCACGGGGAGGAGCAGGUGAAGAUCUGGAGGCGCUCCUUCGACAUCCCACCGCCCCCCAUGGACGAGCACCACCCCUACUACAGCUCCAUCAGCAAGGAGCGGCGGUACGCGGGCCUGAAGCCCGGGGAGCUGCCCACCUGCGAGAGCCUCAAGGACACGAUCGCCCGGGCCCUGCCCUUCUGGAACGACGAGAUCGCCCCCCAGAUCAAGGCCGGCAAGAGAGUGCUGAUCGCAGCGCACGGGAACAGCCUGCGGGGGAUCGUCAAGCACCUGGAAGGGAUGUCGGACCAGGCCAUCAUGGAGCUGAACCUGCCCACCGGGAUCCCCAUCGUGUACGAGCUGGACCAGGCGCUGAAGCCCACCAAGCCCAUGCGGUUCCUGGGCGACGAGGAGACCGUGCGCAAGGCCAUGGAGGCUGUGGCUGCCCAGGGCAAGGCCAAGUGAGGGGUGGGCUCUGCCAAUAAAGGUACCUCCU